AUGGAGGACCGCAUUCAAUUCGACAUAAACGAGUCGCUCAAGUUCUACUUGAGUGACCCGAUCACUGUUCCCACCCCAGAUGCCGACCCGGAAUUGUUGGAUUGUGAAUCGGACCCGGAACAGCUCUCACCACCGCUGAUUGACAGUGUCCUGAACCCGAUCGUGGAUGCCGUGGCGGAGAACCCAGAGGCAUUAACCAAAGCCGCGAUCUUUGAUUCUCUACAAUUUUUGCUAAAGUGCGCCCCGGUCCCUUCCCAACUUGCCCAUGGUGGAUGGCGCCCAGCUGGAGUCGACUCUGACGAAUCUUUUUACUCACGCAGAUACGCAACCUGUCUUCCCGCCAAAUCCCUAAGCAAGCUCCUGGAUCUGGUAGUCUCCGGAUUAUCCGUGGAAGCCGAUAUCAUUCAUGGAGACCUCGAAUCCGACGAACAGGAUGCCAUUCAACACCACAAGCAGCUACUGGAAAUGUACGGGUUCCUGCUCCAAUGGGCCCUAUCAGCAGUCGAGGUCAAGGCCGCGGAAAAACCCACCGAAGCCGCCCCCGUGCGACGAGGAGGCCCCAAAUCGAAGAAAUCCGCCAAUAGCGGCCAGUGGGAUUGGACACCGCAAAUUCAAAUUUCCAUGGAGACCAUGUGCAAAGUAAUGAAGCUGAAACUUGGCCGCAUAUUCCUGACAACCUCGGACCGUGACACAUUUAUCAAUCUGUUUACCCGAACGAUAUAUCUAGUUCUAGAGAGCGAGCAGCGGGUAAAGAGCAUGGCCAUCCGGAUGCAUGCGUUCAAAGUGCUGUGCAUUGCGGUCAAGCACCACGGACAGGCGUUUGGAGCACAAACCUCGAUUGUCCAGAGUUUGACCUACUUCGAGCAUCUCUCGGAGCCCAUGGCCGAAUUCCUUCAUAUUCUUGCCGAACAAUAUGACUACCCCCAGCUUUCCGAUGAAAUCUUGAAGGAGCUCGGAAAUAAGGAAUUCAACUCGAAUGAUACCAGAGGGCCAAAGUCUGUUUCGUCGUUUAUUAUCAAGCUAUCGGAACUUGCCCCCAGAUUGAUCAUUAAGCAAAUGACACUUCUCGCGAAACAGUUGGACAGCGAGGCAUAUACCCUCCGCUGCGCUGUGAUCGAGGUUUGCGGAAAUCUCAUCUCCGACCUCAGUCGACAGGAAGAGCGCAGUGAAAACUACAAGACCCAGAUCAACGCCUUUUUCGACGUUUUGGAAGAGCGAUUCCUCGAUAUCAACCCGUAUUGCCGCUGCCGUGCGAUUCAGGUAUUCAUGCGAAUCUGCGACUUGGAGCAGAAAUUCCCAAAGAGACGACAGGCAGCAGCAGAACUAGCUGCCAGAAGCUUAGAAGACAAGAGUAGCAACGUGCGCCGUAAUGCGAUCAAGCUGAUUUCCAAGCUCGUAUCGACGCAUCCCUUCAGUGUUAUGCAUGGUGGGCUACUUUCAUACAAGGAAUGGACAGAGCGACUGGAUACCGUUGACGCCGAACUGAACGCCCUGCGGCCCCCUGAGACUCCUGGAUUUGAAGCAGCCGAAAUGACCCAGGUGGACCCUGAGCUAUUGGAUGAUGCUACACAACUGCCUGAUGAGCCGGAUGAGUCUCCCUCAAAAGCGCCCCGGAUGACUGAUGAAGAGAAGGCCGUCGCUGUCCAGAAGGCGGCUGAACAAGCCGCGACUUCGGAAUUAUUGACUCGGCUUCAAUUGACAAGGAAGUACUACAAUGAGGCAAUUCGAUUUAUCGAAGUGUUGCAUUCCGCCUCCACCAUCGUCACGCAGUUGCUUGGCUCCCGGAACAAGAGCGAGGUCAUCGAGGCCAUGGACUUCUUUGUGAUGAUGGAUGCUUACAAAAUCGAGACUGCGCGCAGUGGAAUCCGCCGCAUGCUGCGUCUCAUUUGGACCAAGGGCAACAGCGACGAGGGAAAGGGCGUCCAGUCACACUUGAUCGACUGCUACAAGGGCCUCUUCUUCGAUGCACCCGGAUCCUUCACCCCCAAUGAUGCUGCGAACUACAUUGCUCGUAACAUGAUCAGUCUGACCUUCGGCGCAACACCCGCAGAACUUACAUGUCUUGAGCAGCUGUUAAGCACCAUGAUGAAGGCCGGCAACGUUUCCGAGGCAGUCAUUGCUAAGCUAUGGCAAGUCUAUAGCAUCCAGAGGAAGGAGAUCUCACGGACCCAACGUAGGGGCUCAAUCAUUGUUCUUGGCAUGCUCGCGCUAGCCGACCCCGAAGUCGUUGUCAAGGAAAUUGAGGCCAUGCUGCGCAUCGGUCUAGGUGGAUAUGGCAGGUCUGAUCUGGUGCUUGCCAAAUACACAUGUAUCGCUUUGCGGCGUAUGAUCCCAGGUCGACAAGCCAAGUCAAAGGAGGUCGUCGGCAUCCCUAAACUCGCCAGUGACCACUCAGUUCUCGUCCGAUUGGCCGCCAUUUUGGAGAUCGAAACCGCCAGCAAGGAGUGGUAUGGAGUGGCAGAGCAUGCUCUCAACGCCAUCUACGCACUUUCCAAACACCCAGAUGUCCUGUGCUCCGACAUUCUCCGAAGAAAGACCAUAUUUGUGUUCCAGCCUCACCUUCAACAGCACCCACCUUCUUCCCCGGCACCUCCAACAGAAGAACCAGAAGAUCAUCCGAUGGAGGACGAGGAGCGCCCUGGUACUGCGUCAUCUGAAACCCAGGAGCCCAAGCCUAAACCAGCAUCUGCUGCGCUGUCACAGCUGCUGUAUGUUGUCGGUCAUAUUGCCAUCAAACAGAUCGUGCAUCUGGAACUCUGUGAACUUGACUUUAAGCGCCGCAAGGUUGAGCAAGAGAAAACCAAAGCCGCCGAGCAGCCUCAAAAGAAAGACAAUACUGAAGAGGAUGAACUGGACCUCAUUGGUGGUACGACUGAAGAUGAUUUCCAAGACGCCAUGGCUCACAUCCGUGAGCGUGAGCUCCUCUUCGGAGAAAACUCCCUUUUGGCCAAAUUCGGUCCGCUUGUAAUCGAAAUUCUGGCCAACAACAACUCCUACCCAGAUCGUGAUCUCCAAGCCUCUGCGACCUUAUGUAUUGCCAAGCUGAUGUGCGUGUCUGCCGAGUACUGUGAGAAGAACCUGCCACUCCUGAUCACGAUCAUGGAGCGGUCUGAAGAUCCCAUCGUCCGAAGCAAUGCUGUCAUUGCAUUGGGCGAUAUGGCUGUUUGCUUUAACCACCUCAUUGACGAGAACACUGAUUUCCUCUACCGUCGGUUGAACGAUGAGGAUGCUUCCGUCAAACGUACCUGUUUGAUGACUCUCACCUUCCUCAUCCUGGCUGGUCAAGUCAAGGUCAAGGGACAGCUGGGUGAGAUGGCCAAAUGCCUGGAGGAUGAGGACAAGAAGAUCGCAGAUCUUGCUCGCAUGUUCUUCACCGAAUUGGCAACCAAGGACAACGCUGUCUACAACCAUUUUGUCGAUAUGUUCAGCUUGUUGAGCGCAGAGCGCAAUUUGGAUGAGCAGGCUCUCCGUCGGAUUGUCAAGUUCUUGAUUGGUUUCGUCGAAAAGGAAAAACACGCUCGCCAAUUGGCUGAUAAGCUUGCCGCCAGGCUGCCACGCUGCGAGACAGAACGACAGUGGAACGAUGUUGCCUAUGCUCUGUCUCUCCUGCCGCACAAGAACGAGGAGAUUACCAAGACUGUCACUACAGGUUUCAAGGUCGUCAGUGCCUCCGCUUAA